UUGAAUUUGAGUAGGUUGAACUGUUAAUUAAGUUUACUUCGAAUAUGGAAAUACAGCUCAUCGACCUAUAAAAUUGUGUACCUUUAUAUACAUAUACACUCGCACAUGUCUUCUUCAACAAUAUUGUGCAGGUUUUGUUAUGCGCUUGGCGUAUAUUGUGCUUAACUAUAUUUUGUUUGAGAAGGUGAUACAAGUUGUGCGACAACAAUGGUUUACAGAAUCUUAUCUUGCCUAUGCCCACCUAACAGAGACGGCUUUGGGAUAAUUUCUGCUGUUCCUUACGAUUAUUUCAUCAAUUUGUUUUAGUUUUUUUACAAAGAAAUGUUAUUCUGGUCAUACCUUCUGACUCAUGAGAUGAUAACAUGUGGAUUUUGAAUUUCUUUGUUGUUGUAGCCAUUACUUGGGCCAAUUUCCCCGUGCAUUAUGCUCUGUGGAUGUUGAUGGUGUAUUUGACUGAUGUAUGGAAGGUCAAACUCACAGAUGCGGCUGCAAUUGUCAAUGUCUUCCUUGGUUUGCAAGCAAUCCCUCAGUCAGUCUUGCUGUUUUCCGCUCAUGGUCUAUUCGGCAACUAUCCAGUGCUAUUGGGUUCUAUUUUCGCCUGUUGUGUGGGCAUGGGUUUUUUAACAAUGUCCACACCGCCAGUCCUUGCUAAGGCUACUGGAACGUGCAGUGCUUAUCAGCCUGAAUGCAUUGGCGAAGGCCAGCGCAUACUCUUCUACAUAGCAUUGGCUCUGUCUGCUCUUGGGGCAGCUGGUCAAGCAGUAAGCUUUCCCUCUUUCCUAGUUGAGCAACUUGGAGAAAAUGCUAACAUGCCUUGCAUCUGGUUUCUGCAAUGUUUUGCGGUGAUUCUGUUCAAAGCUGCUGCUGUUUUGGGAUUUUCAUACAUAUCACCAUGGUCACUUUGGUUUGGUGUCCCAGCAAUAUGUUACACAGUGGCAGCCUUUAUUUUCUUGAGCGGAUCUUGUAUCUAUAAAUAUGUUAAACCAGAAGGUAGCCCUAUCACUACUUUAUUCCGGGUCUUAGCAGCGUCUAUCUCCAAGUUAUUCUAUCAACUGCCAACAGAUGCGUCGCAGCUGUAUAACGUAUCUGACCGUAAUAGACAAUACGUGCCUCACACCAAUGGCCUAAGGUGUCUAGACAAGGCUGCAAUUAUCUUGCCCGACCAGACUCUGGAGGAGCAACUGAGGAAUAGAUGGAGGCUUUGCAGCAUUGCUGAGAUUGAAGUCACUAAAUUUGCAAUUCGCACAUUCCCUAUGUCAGUGACCUUCAUUCUUGCGGGGGUUAUGACUUCUUUGUCGUAUACCUACUUUCUGGAGCAAGCAAAGACUAUGAACAACAAGGUUGGAAACCUAAGAAUUCCUCUAGCUGUAUUCCUUUGGUUCCAGUUAGAAGCAAGAGAAAAAUUUCCAAAACUAUAUCACAUACUUGUGAAUUGGCGAUGGGGUUCAGAAGCAAAACCAUCAGCUCCUAGAGUGGGGGUUGCAGUAUCCAUCAUUUUGGGUGUAUUAUGCACUAUUACUGCUGCAAAAGUGGAGUCAAGAAGACUCGCUGUGGUAAAGAGCUAUGGUUUAGCAGGCGAGACCGAUGAAAAAAUUCCAAUGACCGUGUUCUGGCUGCUGCCACAGUAUCUCCUUCUUGGGGCAGUAGACGGGAUGUUUGCAAAGAGCUUAAAUAAUUACUACAGUAAUUACUUUGAGCCCAUAUCUGCGUCGUACAUGCUCAGUGGAUGCAAUCUGAUGCACGGGUUAGGAUGUAUGAGCAACAUUUUGUUAGUGUACAUAGUGAGUAAGGUUAGUCGGAGGGGAAAUAAACUAAGUUGGUUUCAGGACACCCUGAAUAAGAGUCGACUUGAUAAGUAUUACUGGACUCUGUCGUGGCUAUUAGCUAUUGCAUUUGUUUUGUUUGUUGUAAUUAGUCUGUGGUAUGCAUAUAGGCGAUCAAAAGAAGAAGCACGAACAGUGUACAUCGAACGAAGUGUUACCCAUAUUGGGACUGAAACAAUUUAUGAGAUGACAUAUAGAGUGGGAAACAGGCGCAAUAACGGUACCAUCGUUGACAUGUUUCCUUCUUUUGGGUAAUGACAUGUUUUUUGGGAAUGAUGGUGGUUGUAACACAUAAUCUGCUGAAGCGCAUUCCAUAUCUUUUAUAGUAAAGAACUACUACCUUUUUUAA